CCCUGUGGUUUCCUUUAAGGAUGUGUUCCUCAGUUCCUGCAAAGUAAAAUGACAGGCCAAAAACAGCAACCAGUAACAGUACUUUGGGCAGUUACAAUCACGGCCAUACUGUUUUUCCUAAGGGAAAGAGGGAGGUCAAAGGUCUUGUAUUUUUAAGGAAAAUCUGUGUCGACGUGCUGCUUGUCUGACUUGAGGUGGAAUGAGCCGUUUGCAACACCCUGUUCAUCUCUUCAUACAACACAGCCUGCUACGAUAAGGUGGAAGGAGUCAGCAGGUGAAACCAUGGCAUGCUAACAGACAUACAGAAUAAUGGUUCCUCGAAAUCGUUUUUUUUUCCUGCUGGCUGUGGCAGCUGUGUUGGCAAUCCUCAGCCUCAGUCUUCAAUUUUUGCACUUGAUCCCUACACCACCACUACUAGAAGACCGACAGAAUGCGAAAAGCAGGAAAAGGAUAAUGCCAGUACCACACACUGAGCCUCCAGUAAUUGAUCCAGUUUAUGAAGCCUAUGCAUACUGUAACAUCCCCAACAACACGGAGCGUGGCAUGGAAGGUCACAGUCCUCCUGAUUACAAGUUAUUGUCUGUUCAAGUGAUGAUCCGCCAUGGAGACAGAUACCCGCUAUACGCUAUUCCCAAAACCAAGAAACCAGCUAUCGACUGCACUCUGGUACCCAGCAGGAAACCUUCCCACCCUCAGCUGGCAGCUUUUCUAAGUCACAUGUCCAAAGGAUCCAAGGGCCGCAUGGAUAACGUACUGAGUGGCCUUCCACGCUUCCCCAGUCAUUCUGUUUGUGAGAUGGGAGAGCUCACACAGACAGGUGUUGUGCAACACCUCCGUAACGGGCAGCUCUUGCGUGACACCUACAUAAAGAAGCACACACUUCUACCUGACAGCUGGACCAGCAAGCACCUGUAUAUAGAAUCAACUGGGAAGAGCCGGACCUUGCAGAGUGGGCUGGCCUUGCUCUACAGUCUGCUGCCUGAAUUCGAUUGGCAGAAGAUCUACAUCCGCCACCAAUGGAGCUCUGUCUUCUGCUCGAGCAGCUGUGACUGUCCAAUGAGGAACCACUACCUGGAGGAAGAACAGAGGAGGCAGUACAGCCUGCGCGUCAAGAACAGCCUCCUGGAACAGACCUACGUGGACAUGGCCAAAAUAGUCGGGGUACCCACGAGGCUGCUGAGGGCCUCCAACCCCAUUGACUCUCUCCUGUGCCACUUCUGUCACAACAUCAGCUUCCCCUGCACACAGAAAGGCUGCAUUGGCUUGGAACACUUCAAUGUCAUCAAGAGCCACCAGCUGGGCGACGAGAAGGAGAGGCACGAAACGAAAGUGUACUACAGAUACUCUCUGCUGGCCACCCACCCCAUCCUGAAUCAGACCGUGACGCGCAUGCAGAGAAUCGCAGAGGGUCGGAGCGAGGAGGUCUUUGCCCUCUUCUCAGCCCAUGACGUUACUGUAGCCCCUUUGCUAGCUGCUCUGGGACUCUCUGAGGCUAGGUUCCCCAGAUUCGCUGCUCGGAUUGUCUUUGAACUCUGGCGGGCCCCCAAGGACAAGAAAAGCCUUUUUGUUCGUGUUCUUUACAACGGCGAGGAUGUCACUUUCCAGACCUCCUUCUGUCAGAAACACAGCAGACGUUCCAGUCAGCCUCUCUGCCCCUUCCAGAACUUCAUGAAUUUUGUGAAAAAGGACAUGUUUGCCAUCUUUAACAGCACUAAUUAUUAUGACGCUUGCCAUAGGCGGGCGUUUUAAAGCGAUGUCACUGUAGAUUGAAACAGAUGUAAAGUUUUAAUGCUAUAUUGCAACAUUGAAAUUGGUCAUAUUGCUUUUCGGAGCUGUAUUGGCCUUUUUUAAUUGUGGAAAUCAAGAUGAUUUAUGUAGCUGACCAGCAACUGAAUUAACAGAUUUUAGAUUAUACUAAAGAUACAGCACACCAAAUCUUCUAAGUCUGUCACACACACUGUUUUCUUUUUAUUGUGUCCUGGGAUGCAGGACAGUUUUCUGGAUAUCGAAAUCACGUUUUUUAUCCUCUGUACUACAAGCACAGGGGUAAGAGAAUAACCAGUACUAUUUUCAGGCAUCCCAGGAAAACUAUAUGGAAUAGUGAAAUUAGUAUUUAGUAUUGUGUAAUGCACACCACAGCUGUACCAACCUUAAAUCAUCCAUCGCUACAUAUGUGCUGUUUAUCUGCAGGUCUUCACAUUGCACUGUAAUGGUAUAACAAGUCCAUAAGUUGUAACUAAAUCAUGUAUACCUUAUGCUUUACUAGAUACUAUAGAAACCUGGUUAAUAUUUAUUACUUUUUAUUUUGUGGGUACAAUCAAGAGGGCCACAGGAUCAAGUGAUAAAACCCUUUUCAUAAAUGGGAAGUACUUUUUAUAUUUUUGGCUCUCUGUGGUUUGCAAUAGAACCAUAACAGGCCCAGAUACCUCAAUGACUGCAAGUCCUACAUCUAAAAGUCUAUUUGUUACAAAAUGAACAGUAGCUUUCUAAAACACAGAGGGAGAGUUACCGUUUUACUGGAAUGUAUUUAUCAUAUUACUCUGUACUCCUGAAAUGGGUCCUUCCACUCCCAAUACAGUAGCUGCCCUUUUAUUGGAACAGGCUUCAACCACAACUGAUGUAUUUAAUUGGGAAGACUUUUAAAAUCCUGGCUAUUGUGGUCAAUGCUCUAAUCCUGGUCAGUUUUAAGUUGCAUUGUAUUUGUAAUGUUAGUGAUUUCCACUGCAUUCCAGCUAUCUAGGCAAUGGUAUGUGGGGUUUUUUUUUUUUUUUUUUUGGUUUUUGUGGGGGGUUUUUGGCAGUAUAAUUCAUUUCAACACAUGAACAAACAAACAAAAAAAUAAAUAAAUAAAUGCAUAUUUAUAUGAAUAAAGGGUAUUUGAGUUUGGCGUUC